GCGUUGGUCCCGGCUCUCUUGGACGAAGCUGAGCCGCGGCGGCAGCGGGACUCCAUUCAGCACCUGUGAGCUGUCCACCGCGGACCGGCCUGGUGACAUCUGACGGUCUCUGCAGGUGAGGAUGGCCAAGGUGAAGCAGGUGGGCCUCCUGGCCGCCGGCUGCCAGCCCUGGAACAAAGACGUGUGCGCCGCCAGCGGAGACCGCUUCGCCUACUGCGCUACGUUAGCCAUCUACGUCUACCAGCUGGACCAGCAGUACAACGAGUUCAAGCUGCGCUCCAUCAUGUCGGAGCACAAGAAGACGAUCACGGCCAUCAGCUGGUGUCCCGACAAUGCCGACCUGUUCGCCUCCGCCUCCGCCGACAACCUGCUCAUCAUCUGGAACGUGGCGGAGAAGAAGGCUGCCGCCCGGCUGGACAACACCAAAGGCGUCCCCGUCUCCGUCAGCUGGUGCUGGAACUCGGCGGACGGCGUGGCCUUCGUGUCGCAGCGCGGCCCGCUUUACGUCUGGGACUACCGAGGGUCCGACGCGGCGGUCACCGUCCACAAGGAGGCGCACUCCUUCCUGUCGGACAUCUGCCUGUUCCGCUGGCACCCGAGCAAGAAGGGCAAGCUGGUGUUCGGACACACCGACGGGAGCCUGUCCGUCUUCCAGCCCGGCAGUAAAAGCCAGAAGCAUGUCCUGCGUCCAGAGUCCCUGGAGGGGACGGACGAGGAGGACCCGGUCAGCGCCCUGGAGUGGGACCCUCUGUCCACCGACUACCUGCUAGUGUCCAACCUCCAUAACGGCGUGCGGCUGGUGGACAGCGAGGGACUGUCCUGCAUCACGUCCUUCUGCUUCCCGUCCGCCGCCGCCUCCGUCCAGUGCCUGGCCUGGGUUCCCUCGGCUCCGGGGAUGUUCAUCACCGGCGACUCGCAGGUCGGCGUGCUGAGAGUUUGGAACGUGUCUCGCUCCACGCCGUUGGACAGCUUCAAGCUGAAGAAGACAGGAUUUCACGCUCUGCACGUGCUCAGCGCUCCACUGGCCAAAAGACCUCAGAGCUCCAGUUCUCCCAGUAAGAGCCAGCACACCAGUUCCACCAGCGAGGCCGUCCCUCCGCCGACCCUGUCCCAGAACCGGGCCUUCUCUCUGCCGCCCGGCCACGCCGUCUGCUGCUUCAUGGACGGCGGCGUCGGACUCUACGACAUGGGGGCCAAGAAGUGGGACUUCCUGAGAGACUUGGGCCACGUAGAAACCAUCUUUGACUGCAAGUUUAAACCCGAUGACCCCAACCUGCUGGCGACGGCUAGUUUUGAUGGAACCAUAAAAAUCUGGGACACCAACACACUGACGGCCGUUUCUACGUCCCCUGGCAACGAAGGCGUGGUUUACUCUCUGUCCUGGGCUCCAGACCUGAACUGCAUCGCGGGAGCCACGUCUCGUAACGGUGCGUUCAUCUGGGACGUCCGGAAGGGGAAAAUCAUCACCCGCUUUAACGAGCACGGUAAGAACGGGAUUUUCUGCAUAUCGUGGAGCCACAAAGACUCCAAGAGGAUCGCCACCUGCAGCGGAGACGGGUUCUGCAUCAUCAGAACCAUCGACGGGAAAAUCCUGCACAAGUACAAACAUCCUGCUGCCGUGUUCGGCUGCGACUGGAGCCAGAACAACAAGUAAGACCUGAACGUCCGUCCGUCCGUCUGUACAUCCAUCUGUACAUCC